CCGGGCGGGUUGGGGGUGACGCUGGCCUGACCCCCCCACCCCAGGGCAGCCCCCUGACGGUGUCUCUCUCCCCAGACGCGGGGGGCCGGGCGGAGCAGCUGGGGCUGAUCGUGGGGGCGGCCGCCGUGGGGGCCCUGCUGGUGCUGGCAGUGGUGGCAGUGGCUGUUAUCUGUGUCAGGAAGCACGGGGCGGGGGGCCGCGACCCUGAAUACUCGGACAAACACGGCCAGUACCUCAUUGGGCAUGGCACCAAACUCUACAUCGACCCCUUCACCUACGAGGACCCCAACGAGGCCGUGCGGGAAUUCGCCAAAGAGAUCGACGUCUCGUACGUCAAAAUAGAGGAGGUGAUCGGCGCCGGGGAGUUCGGGGAGGUGUGCCGGGGCCGGCUGAAGGUGCCUGGAAAGAAGGAGAGCUGCGUGGCCAUCAAGACGCUGAAGGGGGGGUACACGGAGCGGCAGCGCCGGGAGUUCCUCAGCGAGGCCAGCAUCAUGGGGCAGUUCGAGCACCCCAACAUCAUCCGGCUGGAGGGGGUGGUGACCAGCAGCACCCCGGUUAUGAUCCUCACCGAGUUCAUGGAGAACGGGGCGCUCGACUCCUUCCUGCGGCUGAACGAGGGGCAGUUCGCGCCCAUCCAGCUGGUGGGGAUGCUGCGGGGCAUCGCCUCGGGGAUGCGCUACCUGGCCGAGAUGAGCUACGUCCACCGGGACCUGGCCGCCCGAAACAUCCUGGUCAACUGCAACCUGGUCUGCAAAGUCUCCGACUUCGGCCUCUCCCGCUUCCUGGAAGAGAACUCCUCCGACCCCACCUACACCAGCUCCCUGGGCGGGAAGAUCCCCAUUCGCUGGACAGCCCCCGAGGCCAUCGCUUUCCGCAAGUUCACCUCGGCCAGCGACGCCUGGAGCUACGGGAUCGUCAUGUGGGAGGUGAUGUCCUUCGGGGAGCGGCCCUACUGGGACAUGUCCAACCAGGACGUGAUCAACGCCAUCGAGCAGGACUACCGGCUGCCCCCCCCACCCGCCUGCCCCACGGCGCUGCACCAGCUCAUGCUGGAUUGCUGGCAGAAGGAACGAAGCUCCCGGCCCCGCUUCGCCCAGCUCGUCAGCUCCCUCGACAAGCUGAUCCGCAACCCGGCCAGUCUGCGCAUCGUCGCUCGGGACGGCGCCGG